UUUACUGUGUCCAUGCUCGCACUAAACAGGUGAGAAACAAACAAAGCCCGGCAGAUUAACAGCGUUUAAGAGCAGUCCUAUAUAAGACCGGGAGGACAGAACCAAGGACAGGAGCAGGGGUCAGACAUCUGGACACCAACAGGAAGCACAACUGAGCAGCUUUUAAAAAAAGAGCCUCCUCUGCGGUGCACUCGGCAGAGGAUGCAGUUGGUCGUCAUGGCGAUGGUGCUGGCGCUGGCGGGCGCGAUGAAGACCUGCAGUUUGGACUGCAACCCGCGGAACGUCAGCAUCGCCGUGGAGAGCUGCGGCGAAACAAAGUUUGUCCUCACCACCAUAUGUGAAGGACAGUGCUACCACAAGGAUUCAGUCUACGUGGUCCCUGUGGACGUGUCCCAACAGAACGUCUGCAACGGAGAUUGGUCCUACGAAGUGAAACACUUCGAAGGUUGCCCAGUGGCUGUCACUUACCCUGUGGCCAAAAACUGCGCGUGCACCACUUGUAACCAUGACGACACGGUCUGCGGACAUGUUUUGUUGGGCCACACCUAGCUUCUUAUGUCUUCUUGAUUUGAGCAUUGAUGGUCCAAUAAGGGAACUGCAUUAUUACUCCUGAACUGCAAUAAAAUGUAAAAAAAAAAAGAAAAAAUGUUGAGUAUUAUGUCUUUGAUUAAAAGGAAGGUAAGAAUCAUGCAAUGAGCCCUUUAAUACACUGUUAACCAC